AUGAGAGCAGUUGAUAUUCACGGGGGCAGGGGGGAGAGUAAGGACUUGUUCAUCAAUUCUGAGAGCCCGAAGCCGACAGCAAAGGUCGGGCAGGCUGUGGUCAAAGUCGCAGCAUUUGGUAUCAACCGCAUGGACAUUUCGCAGCGACGAGGCGGGUAUCCCGUGCCUCCGCAGGCUCCUGCCACUCUCGGCGUCGAAUUCAGCGGCGUUAUUGAGUCUCUAGGGGGCGGCAACGUUCACGGACUGAAGGAGGGGGAUGAGGUUUUUGGGCUUGCGUACGGAGGCGCCUACGCCGAAUAUGUUGCUGUCAACACCGGCAUGCUACUUCGCAAACCGCAGGCACUGUCGUUUGCGCAGUGCGCCGCUAUCCCAGAGGCCUGGAUCACCGCAAUUCAGGCAUUGCACAUUGUGCUGGGCUUCGAAAAGGGCAAGACAAUUCUGUGGCACGCGGGCGCCUCUGGUGUAUCGAUUGCGGGUAUCCAGUUGUCUAGGGCGGCUGGUGCAUCAGCCAUCUUUGCAACAGCGGGCACAGAGGCCAAGUGCACCCUCGUCACAUCAGAGCAGGUUGGCGCCACCAUGGCCAUCAACUACAAGACCCAAGACUUUGUUGACGCAAUCAUGCGGGCAACCGGAGGCAAGGGCGUCGACUACAUUGUCGAUUACGUUGGAGGACCGUACUUCCAGCGCAACAUGGCCGUUGCAGCCCGUGACGCUCGCAUUGUCAUGUUAGGUAGGAUGGGAGGGAUGAAGGUCGAAGAGGCUGACAUUUCGCCCAUUCUAAUGAAGAGGAUUCGUAUUGAAGGAAGCACGCUACGUUCCAGGGACGAGGCGUAUCAGGAGAAGCUCCGGCGCCGUUUGGAGGAAUUCAUGCCCGGAUUCGAGUCUGGUGCUCUCUCGGUCAUUCUUCAUCACACUGCAUCAUGGACGACUAUUCAGCAGAUACACGACCAAAUUGAACGGAGCGAGAAUGCUGGCAAGAUUGUGUGUAUCGUAGAUUAA